UAUUAAUUGACUUGAGCUAAUAAUUAAAAUAAUUUAAACUUGUUGUGAGUGAUAAAGGUCCAAAACAAAACUGUAUACUUAUAUGAGAUAAGUGCAAAUAGCUUAGACGAACUGUACAUCUGUACACUAGUCGCUACUUUAUCACACCGCUGUAAAUAGUCUGUGAUACAAGAUGGGCUUAUUUGAAUACAUAUUCGAUUAUAUGUAUUACAUGUAUAAUAUUGUGCAAAACAUGGGAACUAGCUAUAGCCAAACUAGGAUUAACUGCGGUCACAUCGUGGUCGUCGGUGGAGGCUACGCGGGUGCAAAUUUGGCGUACAAAUUGAAAGACAGAGCUGACAUCACGAUAAUCUCGGAUACGCCGUAUUUCUUUCACAGCCUGGCAGCGUUGCGCGCCUCUGUAGAAAAAGGUUUUGCAAAGAAAAUCACGAUUCCCCUUAAAGAUAUCUUUGGGGACAAACUAAAGGUUGGAAAAGUCACGGGUAUUGAUACGAAUACAAAAACUAUUAGCCUUGAAAAUGGUGAAUCUGUCAAAUAUGAUGUUUUGGUCCUGGCGACGGGGUCUAAUGGCGUUCUCCCGUGUCAAACAGAGCCUAAGACAACACCAGAGGAGGUCCAUACUGUGUAUGAUACUUACGUAGACAAGGUUGCUGCGGCAAGGAACAUAGUCAUUGUAGGAGGGGGUCCAGUCGGGGUUGAAAUGGCUGGCGAACUUGGUACGGACUUCAAAGAUAAAAGUAUUACACUCAUUCACGCGAAUGAUAAUCUCGUCAGUCCUCACUACACUGCCAAAAAUAGAAAAGAUGUCCAGAAGAUUCUUGAACAAAUGGGAGUUACUGUAAUUUUGGGUGACAAAGUGACAAAUCUUGAACAAUUAAAUAAAGAUGGCGCUACAACAGUGGAGACAUCUGGCGGCAAACAGAUACCAACCGAUUUAGUGAUACCUUGCAUCGGUUUAACAACAAGACGAGAUGCCUACGAAUCCUCUCUUGGUGAUAAAAUGGAUAGUUUUGGAAGACUCAAGGUGGACGAAUAUUUUAAUGUAAUUGGUUGCGAAGACGUAUUUGCUAUUGGUGAUUGCUGUAAUACCGACGAACCCAAAAUGGCUCUGAAUGGAAUGGAACAUGCUAAAUGUAUUGUAGCAAAUUUUGCAAACAAAACAUCUGGGAAGCCACUGAAAAAAUACAAUGCAGGUUUUAUCAUGAUGGGAAUCUCAAUUGGAAGAAAUGUUGGAUUUGGCCAAAAAGGAACGUCUUCGACAAUUCCUGGUUUUAUUAUUAAAAUGUUGAAAUCAAGAGAUUUGAUGACUGGCAAGACUUGGUCAGAUUUUGGAUUAAAGCAGCCAAAAUAACACGAGCCUUACAGGUGAUAGGGAAAUACCACCAGUGACGUAAUAAUCCUAUGGUAUUCUACACGAUACCAUGACUGUUAGUUUGUUACAUCAGCACCAAGUUUAUAUUUUGCAUUUGAACUAAACAUUUGAAAUGUGUCAAUAGAUGACAGUGUAGAACAAGAUUAGAUUAGUAUAUUUAUAUGUGUUUUUGUAUAACUAUGUAUAUCUGCAAA